AUGGCCAUGGCGACCUCCAUACUGCGCCGAUUCCUGAUGCCCUCGGUGCGGAUGCCAUGUUCAUCGACAAGCGCAAAAGCUAUAUCUCCCGCCCACCAAUUACGACGAAAUUUCUCUGCCACUCCAACACCAUUCGCGACGUUCAAUCAGGUUAUCAAGGGCUGUCGAAAAGCACAACGCGCCCGUAAAGCCGUGUCCCCCGCGCUCCGCGACGUAAAAGCCCCCGAGCUCAAAGGCGUCUGUUUAAAAGUUGGCAUCACCACCCCCAAGAAACCCAAUUCUGGGCAGAGGAAAACGGCGAGAGUUAGGUUGAGCACGGGACGGGUGAUUACGGCGUAUAUCCCCGGGGAGGGACAUAAUGUGCAGCAACAUUCGGUGGUUUUGGUUAGAGGAGGACGGUCACAGGAUUGCCCCGGUGUGAGAUAUCAUCUGGUUAGAGGGGCUAUGGAUCUGGGUGGUGUUGGAAAUAGGGUUACUAGUCGGUCGAAGUACGGAACGAAGAAGCCCAAGGCUGCUGCGGCUUAG